AUGGCAGCUCGCUAAGUAUAUUGUCGAUUAUAACCUAAAGUGAAUAAUUAUCAUAAUGAUGGUACAGGAAGGUAUUUAAAAUAACUGAUCACAGGGAUUCUUACAUAAGCAAGUUUAAUGGUGGAUAGAUGAAUCAGACUUUGUAAUCUCAAUUAGCUCCAUAAGCUAAUCAUGACUUUGAAAAAAUGCAUUACCUUACAAAAUCAAAUAGUAACUUAGGACGUUCUGGUAAUCUACCUCCUUAGAUACCUAUAAAAACUACAAAGUAUUGGGGGGAUGGAACUGGGAGAGAUUAUUUUGUAAUAGUAAAUGAUGGUGGAUAAUGUAAUCCAUGUUAUUGGUGGGACAAUGUAGACAUUUAAUUUUAAAGAUAACUAAGAAACUAUUAAAAGACAGGUCCUUUAAGGAUUAGCAGUGCUUGUUCAUCUAAAUAAUAAGAUAGAUUAGCAGAACCUAAAAAACAGUUACAGAUUAAGUAAAGACCACAUACUCCAAAUAUCAAACAAGCUCAUAAAAUUUAUUAAUCUUAUCAAACUUUGAAAUAUUAAAGUAAGGCUCGUAACAUAAGAUAUAAGACAUAUAAUGAUAAUUGA